UUUUGCUUGUGUAAAUUUAAUAAUUCCAGAUAAUUAUUUGAAACAAUAAUAUAAAUAUUCAUCAAAUAUAUGCAAUAAGACAAGAAAGAUGCGUACGAAUCGGUUCACAUUACAGCAACGUUUAUUAAUAUUGAAAACAUUUUAUGAAUCGAAAUUGUCAAUGGUGAAGACAUUACGAGCUUUAAAAUCCAGUGACCUUUUUGCUAAAACAAGUGUACCAAGUAUUAAUGCAAUACGCCAGUUGGUAAAAAAAUUUGAGCAAACUGGUCAAUUAUCAGAUAUGCCCAGAUCAGGACGUUCACGUUCAGCACGCACACAGGAAAAUAUCAAUAAAGUUCGCGAAAGUUUACACAAUAAACCUGAUAUAUCGGUUCGAUGUCGCGCUCUGGAGUUAGGCAUGAAUCGCACAACAAUGUGCACAAUACUCAAAAAGGAUCUUAAAUGGGAGGGUAACUAUGACGAUGAAGUGGAGGAUAGUGAAGAUGUCAGCAAUAACAGUGACAAUGACAGCGUUGAGUUUGUAUUAAAUAAAAUACAACCACAACAGAUUAUAAAAAAUAACAUUGAUGACGCUUCCAUAAUUACUACAUCUACAACAUUAUUGGAACAAGAUGAUGCAAUUAAUGAGUUCAAUGUCAAUGAAAUAUCACACAAUGACAGCUUAGAUUGCCAAACGGAGGUGUUACCACCACUUUCAAGUGAUUUGCUAGGUGGUGUGAAUUACAAUAAAGCAAUCUCGUAUACCCCACUUGAUACGGGUAAUGAUGAAGGUGUAUUUGAUGUGAUAUUAGAUAAUAACAAUGAUGCAUUUAAUAAUAAUGCAAUUGAUGGUUGUAAUAAAAAUAAAGAAAGUUAACUAUUCCUAGAUAAGACCAUUCAGAAUCUUUAGAUUUAAAGUUUACAUAAGUAAAUUUAAUGAUAAAUAUUGAUUGAAUUGUAUCUAACACUACUAUACUGUUUUAAGUGAUAUAACUAAAAUUACUAAUACAUCACGCGAUUCGU